GGGCCAUCUCAGUCGCAGAGGCGCGUCCAUCCAUAUAAAAGGCCGAACAGUCGGGUGUUUCGCUCUCAGGAGGAAAACCCUAGCGUCUCCCUCGAUCGUCCCCUCCCCUUCCCCCUCCUCUGUCUCUCUAUUUCUCUGACUAAAUCGUCUCUCAGAGUUCUUCGAUCUCCCUCGCCCUUUGAUCUCCCAGAGGAGAAAUGGCGGAUCAGCUCACCGACGACCAGAUCUCUGAAUUCAAGGAGGCCUUCAGCUUGUUCGAUAAGGAUGGAGACGGUUGCAUCACAACCAAGGAGUUGGGAACAGUCAUGAGGUCACUGGGUCAGAAUCCAACAGAGGCAGAGCUGCAAGACAUGAUCAAUGAAGUUGAUGCAGAUGGCAAUGGGACGAUUGACUUCCCCGAGUUCCUCAACCUGAUGGCAAGGAAGAUGAAGGACACUGACUCUGAGGAGGAGCUCAAGGAGGCCUUCCGUGUUUUUGACAAGGACCAAAAUGGCUUCAUCUCAGCUGCAGAGCUCCGUCAUGUGAUGACUAACCUUGGGGAGAAGCUUACUGACGAGGAGGUAGAUGAGAUGAUCCGUGAGGCUGAUGUGGAUGGUGAUGGCCAGAUCAACUAUGAGGAGUUUGUCAAAGUCAUGAUGGCCAAGUGUUGGAGUCUUGGAAAUUGGGUUGUUCCAAAGCCGAACCUCCGAGAUUUGUACCCAGGGUUUGCAGUGGUGUUGGGAGAUUCACCGACACCUCAUGACUUGGUGCGAGUGGGUUCAGCAGUUGCCCCAGCCGAUGGGUUGACUGGUGGCUCAUGGGUGGGCUUGCGUACACAGUUAAAUUUCAUCUCUAUAUAUAUAUAUAUAUAUAUGUAUGCUCUCAACUUGGAAGUGAUGAGGCAGGGGGAGAGGAAAAUGGAGGAUCAGAGAACGACUGAGAAGAAGAUGAAGAUGAAGAUGAAGAUUCUCUGCCUCCAUGGGUUCAGGACCAGUGGUGCAUUCUUGCAGAAGCAGAUCGAAAGAUGGGAUCCUACCAUCUUCCAAGAUUUUGAGUUGGAUUUCCCUGAUGGAAUCUUUCCGGCAGCCGGAAAAUCAGAUAUCGAGAACAUAUUUCCACCACCUUACUUCGAAUGGUUCCAAUAUAAUAAGGACUUCACGGUAUAUACCAAUCUAGACAAGUGUAUCUCCUUCCUGUGCGACUACAUAGAAAGGAAUGGACCCUUUGACGGUUUUCUCGGCUUCUCUCAGGGGGCUACAAUCUCCGCCCUUCUUAUUGGCUACAAAGCUCAGGGGUUGCUGCUCAAGAACCAUCCUCCUAUCAGGCUCUUCAUCUCAAUUUCUGGAUGCAAGUUCAGGGAUCCAAGCAUAUGCCAAGUUGCGUACAAGGAGAAACUUACGGUGAAAUCUGCACAUCUCAUUGGUGACAAUGACUGGCUUCGUGAACCCUCUGAAGAUCUCCUAACAUCAUUCAAUAAUCCCCUGCUCAUUAGGCACCCCAAGGGCCAUGUGGUGCCAAAGUUGGAUGAUGCAUCUUCCAAGCAGUUAAGGAGCUGGAUAAGUGGCAUAGUGAAGGAACUUCACACUUUAAGUGGACAAGAAACAAGAGAAGGGGAAUCCUACCUUAGGGAGGUCAUCAAAGAAAAUCACAAGAUGAAUGUCAUUGCUCCUGCUACAACUAAGGAACUACUGUCAGAAGAAAUAUCAAACGAUCAUGGUGAUAUAAUACCUAUUGACAUCAUGAAUAGUGGACAUGGUUUGAACAAAGUAAGUCCGUUGAAGAAAAUUGACAUAGAACAUGAACAUUAUGAAACAACACAAAAGCUGAAUCACAAUGAACAUAUAUCCCAAGUUCACAGUUAACUACCCAUUGUCUUCUUGAGACAAAUAUGAGGUCGGAUGAAUCAUGUACUAAAUAAUCUCUUACUGAGACUCUUUCAAGAUAGUAAGAGGAAGGUUUUCUUCCUGGUGAGCUGUAAAAUUAAUUUGCUACUUUUAUGUUCUUAGCUCAUCCUAUCAAUCUUGAUAUGUUAUAAAUAUGCAAUUGGAGAAUACUGCAAUCUACAAAUUUCAUGUAUUUUCUUCUAUAAUGAGGAUAUGAGUUUAUGUUCUA